CCGACUUGAACCUAUUACUACUAGUAUGUUCCAAGAUUGCGAUCUUACAACGUUCUUGUCAUCGACUGCGCGCAAUCAUCGGAAGAUAUUCCAUACGACUUAUUAACGGCCGACUUGUCUGUCCCACUUGUAGUAAUCUGCUUCAACCAUGACCACUUGUACUGAUUGUGGAGGAACAGUAAUUGAAUAUGACGCCGCUGCGGGAAAUGGCUUCUGCGUGCAGUGUGGUACUGUCGUGGAGGAAAACACCAUAGUGUCGGAGGUUACAUUUGGUGAGACAUCCACGGGAGCGGCUAUGGUUCAAGGUGCAUAUGUCGGACAGGGGGCUACGCGUGCACGACUGAGCGGUCCGUUUGGAAACAGGGGUAGCAGUGAAUCUCGGGAACAAACUAUUGCAAAUGCAAGCAGAAGGAUACAAAGUUUUGCUGCAGCCCUCCGCCUCUCAGAAAUUGUCGCUCUUGCCGCAACACGUCUUUAUACACUAGCUGUAGAACACAAGUUCACCAAAGGUCGGCGGAGUACUCACGUUGCCGCAGUCUGUCUCUAUGUUGCAUGCAGACAGAAAGAAACCCGCAAUUACAUGCUCAUCGAUUUCUCGGACCUUCUUCAGGUCAAUGUCUUUGACCUUGGUCACAUCUACCUCCAACUAGUGCAAACCCUUAACCUAAAGUUACCUUUAGUAGACCCGUCGCACUACAUCUCUCGUUUUGCUGCCUUGUUGGAAUUCGGUGAUGAGACACACAAAGUUGCGACGGAUGCUGUGCGUUUGGUGCAGCGCUUCGAUCGAGACUGGGUUACCAAAGGUAGAAGACCCGCUGGGAUAUGUGGUGCCGCCCUCCUCCUUGCUGCUCGGAUGAACAACUUCAGGCGAUCCAUCGAAGAAAUUGUCCAAGUAGUGAAGAUUGCAGAUACAACCCUCAAGAAACGACUCGAAGAAUUCAAAAAGACGCCCAGCGGCAUGCUUACAUUGGCCGAUUUUAGGACGGUAUGGCUGGACGAAGAGAUGGAUCCACCUGCUUUCACGAAAGGAAGGGAGCGGGAGGAGAGGGAGCAAGAGCAAGCGGUGAAUGGGACCAGGAAGCAAGUACCGGAAUCGAAACGGACUGGGAAACGGAAGAGGGCAGAGGAUGACACCAAGGGCGACGAUACCGAGAUUAAUCAGACAGGUACAUCUGGAGCGCACCUGCUACCGGUCAUCGAUCCUGCACUUUUCAGUCAGGGCAUACUUGCUAGCACUUCUUCAGCUCCCCCGCUUUUCUACCCGGAGGAAGAAGAGUCCGUUUACGCUCAUAUUGACCCUAUGCUCCGCCCGGGCGUCAUCGAGGGGUUACAGGGCUCUGAAACGUUGCAAUCUGAGGCCGCGGCCAUUGAUGAGACUGUCGAUAGAGCGCUGGCAGAGCAAGUCGCGACUUUCCUUCAAAGCCAACAAAGUCUCUUGCUCAGUCAAGCUUUGGACGAGGCAGAAGAACGACGACAAACUCAAUUCGCAGAAGUUGACGAACUGAAAGGAUUGGACGAAGAAGAGCUUUCCCAAUUCAUUUUGUCUGAAGAGGAGGUGAAAAUUAAAGAGCGCGUCUGGGUGGAAAUCAACCGAGAUUAUUUGGAAGCUCUUGCAGCGAAGGAGGAACAAUCGCGGAAUGGCGUAGUGCAACCCAAAAGUCGCAAGAGACGGAAAACAACCAUGAAACCUCGAGAUGAAUCAACACCGUCAGGCAGCACUGCUGCUGAGUCCGUCCGCAAUCUCAUAAAGAAAAAUCCAAAAUACAGCAAAAGGAUUAACUACGAUGCCCUCAAAGACUUGUUCGUUGAUGGAAGCAGCUCCAACCCGGCCCUGAACAAAAACGACGAUUUGUAUUCUAUAGACGAUAAGACCGAUGACGGCGCGGUUGUAGUGGAAGAAGGGGACGAUGGUGUUGGUAUCCAGAAACCACGGACUCGUUACCCCUCACCCGAUACCGACGCAGAACACCUUGGCGACGAAGACAGCGAGAAAGGUGAUGAAGUGCCGACCCUAGGAUGGGAGGAUGCUUAUGAGCAAGAAGUGUAGCAGUAGUCUUCA